AUGAAGAGAAGUUUUGCUAGUCUUUUGAUUUUUGUUAUUGUUCUUAAUGGAAUUUUAUCAUCACCAACAUCAUGUCCACCUUACAGUUGCAUUGUUGAUACUUCGUAUUGUUUCUGUGGUGUAACACAAACUCCCGAUGAUCGUUGUUGUACAAUGAAAUGUACUCAAUGUGGACCUGAAUUUUUUAAUCAACCAUGGCUUACAAUGAACUGGGGUUCAUUUGAUUUUAGUACACUCGAUUUAUCAUUACCUGACCGAAAAUAA